AUGUAUACAUACUCUCCGCGCGUCCGCCCUGCCCAGACGGUCUCCGUUGACGGCCGGCCCGGGAUGAUGCAAUACGACCGGUGUCAUGCUCAUUUGGGUUGCGAGCGAUUCAACCAGUCAUCCUCAGGUCACACGGGCGUGUUCCUCAGUGCGGCUGGUGAUGGCGACGGAUGGCGACCUGGCGGGGAAUCCAUGAACCAUCCUACCCACUGGCGCCGGGCACGUCUACUUUCAGGGCCAUGGGGCCUCACGAUCAUCCCGAAUAGGCAAUUCACUUCAUGCAUCCUUCUGGAGGGGAGCUGGGACGGGGGAGACGCGGCAGACCUGGGCGAUCUGAAAAUCGGGAAACUCGAUGGACCAGACCUGACAUUUGGAUCAACCAGGAGGGGCCACUGGCUAGCCCAGCCACGAGGGCGCCAGGAAGACGGUGUGAACGGCCUCUGA